AUGGAUUCCAUAGGAUCCCUUGUUGAUACCAAACUUAAGAUCUUCCCAUCCACAAAUUUAUUAAAUUAUCUUAACACUAUAUCUAUUGAUGAUAAAACACCAAUAAAUAUUGCAAGACUGGUUAAAGGAAAAGAAUAUGAAGGAAACCACAAAACAACCAAAGAAGAUACAAAUAAGACUCCAGUACAUCUCAAUACCAAUGAUAUUGAAAAUCUAAAUAAAAUCAAAGCUAUUGUUGAGGCAAAAAAUGACACACAUACAGAAGAAUCAGAUGAAAACUCCUCUAAAUAUGAUGUUAUUGAAGAAGAGAAAACUGAGAAGGACACUUCCCAAGAGGAGAGUUCAGAAAAAAAUAAAAAGAAUGAAACUUCCAAAAAGACAGAGCCUGAUGAUAAAUCUGUAGACAAGCAGAAGCUUAAUAAAGAGGAUCCCGAACAAGAAGCUGAAUUGUAUAUAACUACUGCUGAUGUAGACUGGUUGUAAUGCACACCUCCAGCAAAAAGGAAAUCAAAUGUAGAUGGUGACAAAACUGUACCAUACUUACAUGUUUUAUUAGAAGGAGCUUCCAUUGAAACUCCUGAAAACCAAGUACUUAAAAGAGAUCCCGUUCUUGAGGCAAGGUGCGUGAAAUUAAGGGCUCAACAGGAGGCGAGGGAUUAUCGAAAGAUGACAAAAUCUGUUGAUAAUGAGAAUGAGGUUCCCGAAGAUAGUAUUUCUUAUCAAUUGAAACAAAUGAAUCGCCAACUAAUAGCAAUUGGACAGUUCAUCAUUUCAAUAUUUGCUGGAUUUCUCUUUGGAUUCAGAGGAGUUGAGUGGUUGGUCGGCAAUCUGGACUUUGGUUUUAGGCUAUUACUAGGCGUUAUGUGCGCCUUGGUAAUUGCUCUCGCAGAAAUAUACUUCUUAGCUAAAAAAUUAAAUGAAGAAUUGAAUAUACCAGAAACUGUUCAAUUAGGUGGUCCACCUAAGUUUGCAGAUCAACCACAAUAUUAUGUGCCAAAACCAUCUAAUAGCGUGGCAAAUAAGGAGCACCAGGAUUAGACUAUGAUUUGUUUUAAGUACAAUAAAUAUUAAUAUUAUAUAUCAUUGAGUACAUGUUAUAUAGGUUCAAAUGUGUUAUAAACUUUUUAUUUAUUA